AUGUUUUGUAUAAGCUGCGGCACCUCGCUGCCGGACCAGGCUCGCUUCUGUUCCUCGUGCGGCACACAGCUGCCCGUGGCGGCCGGGUCGGCGACGGUGCAACAGCAGCCGUCGCCCGUGUCGAGCCAUCACGCCUCACCUCUCGUCGUCCAGCCGCGGCCGGCGCAGCAGCAGCAAGUCUACUCUGGCCCACCGCCGCCGCCAUCCAUCGUUCAGCAGCAAACCGCAAACGCGCUCAUUGCGCCGGGCGGCCAGCCCACGGCGGCGUUCAACAGGCUGGCGGCGGAGGUUUUCUACGCGCUCGACGCGAACGUGGCACCCCAAAGAACAGGUGCCCUCGAGGUCUCCAAGCUGAUCUCCUACCGCACCCUCUCCGCGCUCUCCGUUCCGCCCUACUACGGGGAAUAUGUGCUGCCGACGUACGCGGCCGUGAUCCUGAUCGAGCUGAUCCCUAACCAGCCGCCGACGGCCCCUGUCGUGUCCUGGCGCGGGUGGCACCAGUUCCUGCUCCAGAAGAUCCUUGCCGAGCCCGGACAGACGUACGUAGGCCUCACGAGGCUCUUUGGCACGUUCGGAAUGCCUGUGUGGUUCGGAGCCGGGGACUUCCCGAGGGCGGCGGACCCGUUGGCGGUCGGCAAAGAGCAGAGAUUCCGCGCCGAGAUAUACGCGCUUGCGCAACGAAGUUUGAGCUCGGGGUCAUCGGGUGGUGGAAUGCUCGGCGGACUGUUCGGUGGAGGCGGCUCGUCCUCCGGGGGUGGGGGGAAGAUGAGCAAGAUGGCUGCACACGCCAUGUUGAAGCUGGCGACACAAGGUAGUGCGAACAUCGUGAAUGCUAGUCUACCUGCAGGGACCGGCUUUGUGGCACCAUUCCCAGGAUUUUAG